AUGAUUGAGCAAAGUAAGGAGAGAGCUGGUCGAAAACGGCGAUCACUGGAACCAGGCAAAAUGCCGGGCUCAUCGAAAAUCAGAAAGAAUCCAUUCAUAGUUUGCAAGCUGUGCUCAAAGAACAUCAUUAUCACUGAGAAGUACUCCGAGAGAGUAUCCACGUUCCUCCACGUUUUGAAUAUUCAUAUUAAUGACCAAGAGGCCCAAAAUGCUCUCAUUAACGGGUACUCUUCCACAUGUGCAGAAGAAUUCCCCUUUAUCGAUGUCAAAGCUUCAGUUGAUGGUACUUCCAAUUCUGGAAAGCCUGUCCUCCAAUGCGUCAUCUGUGGCUUCAAAACCGACACAUCGAGACGGAUUGCAAUGCAUGCCCGUCAUCAUGAAGAUUUGAUGAGAGAUCUUGGCAAUUAUCCGGAGCCUUGUCAUUGUGGUGAGAAGAUUCGCGUCUGUGCUGAAGUAAAGGAGUCCUAUCAGCGAUUAUGUCACAUCCUCGAGAAGCACGUUGACGAUGAGGAGCGCCUUCGAGAAGCUAUAACUGCAUACGAGUCCGAUCACUCUCCUGAACUUGAUUGA